CCGAUCGCUCGAAGGUCUGAUGCAGAAUCCGCGGAUCAGUUUCCUUUAUGGGUUGCAGGCAGUUCACCAGCCAAAUUCAUCGAUCGUGAAAAUCUGAUGAAUGUGUCGUCAGCAUUCGAAAAUCUGGCGUUGGUGCAUGAGAUCUCGUUGAAUUCAAAUUUCGAAUUGCCCUCAUCGCCAACGAAUCCAAUCGAAAAAGCCGUCAAAGAAUGUGUUCAUCGUGCUUUCUGGGAUAAAAUCCGUGAUGAUUUACGCGAGGAUCCACCCGAAUAUACUUCUGCGUUUCAAGUGCUAAUGGAUAUUAAAAAGAUGAUAUUCGAAGUAAUUCCGGAGGAUCGCGUUCGUUUGCGAGAUGAGGUCGAGUCGAAUUUAGACGAAAAGUUGCUGAAACAACAGAUCGACAAUGGCUGUUUUGAGGUGGAUCGCGUCACGACGUAUCUGGUCGAGUUAAUGUCUCGACUGUGCGCACCGGUUCGAGACGAACACAUAAAAGUGAUUUUUCAAAACGUUGAAUAUUUCAGAGGUACUUGUGAAUUGUUAGACCAAACGAAAAUUGAUAUCGCCAACUUCACAAUUAAACAGAAUCGAUCCGAAAUCGAAGCGUAUUCGUGUCUGCUUGUAUUGUUGUCUUCUACAUUCAUUGAAUUAUUC